GUGUGGAUACUAAUUUAUGCACAGCAAAGUUUCACUCCAAGCAGUAUGAGGAUCCAAAAAUCAUUUCUACUUCUUGUUGCCAUCCUCUGCUUUCAUUUGGCUAACUCUGCUCAAAAGAAAGAAAAGAAAAAGCCAUCGCUGGUGUGCAGUUUCUUGCGGAAUUUAAAAACUUGCUCGCUCUUGAACUCCAAAAGUAAAAAUAUGCUAGGAAAAAUUGAUGUGGACUUACAAACCUGCGACAAUGGAAACAAUAGAGUCCAAUUGACAAUAACUACGACCAGACGUAAGCCAGGUACCUACGAGGUAACGUUUUCUGGAGCGGACACUUCUAAGCAAAUAUCUAAAACUAGAGUCACUGUGAGUGCGAGUUCAUUGAGUCCAACUCUUGGAUUUAUUGAGGGAAAAUCGAUUGCACAGGACAUACAAAAUUAUGAUAGAAUUUUGGGAUCCAUCGUUCAGGUCAAUUUUGAUAAAGUGCCUCUUAUUCUUGACUCUUGCCAAAUUGACUUCUGCUUAUCUGAGAAAAGCACUCAAAUGUAUUGCUACUUGGAUAGUCCUAUCUACUAUGAUUAUGCAAAAUACGCUGUAAGGGAAGAGACGAUUGCCCCUGACAUUAAUAAUGACGAUUCUGUAACGUCAAUCGUGACAGACAUAGCUCCACCGGCAACUAGCCUUCCUUCAGAAGUUCCCAGCAAAGUUAUAGGAAUUAUGCCACCAGUGCCAAAUGUAUAUUCCAUGAGCGCAAUGCUGAUUGAAUGCGGAGAAAGAGGUUCCAUCGUUGGAACUAUUUGGUACAACAACUACUACUAUGCAAAUGAUUUAUACGUGCCUUACAAACGGCUAUUUCCUCCAAUCACUUUAAAUUUGGUGGUAAUUCAUCAAGGUGGAAAAGCAAAGUCGCAGGCUUCUGUUUUGAUCCAUCCCUCAUCUCCUGACAGCAGCAAAUCGUUCAAAUUCGCUAAAAUUUUGCUUCCUAUAAAUGAAAUUGUGAUUUACAACGAUAAGACUGGCAUUUCAAUCGGCACUUGUGGAACUGCAGAGAGGAAUUAUAUCAACCAACCUCCAAUUGGAUAAUUAGGCUGAAUUUUAUUUAUGGUUCUGAUUACUUAUAACUAUUAAUAAAUUGAAGAAUCUUUGAACUAAAAGUAAUUAAAAAAAGUACCACAAAAUAAUAUUCAGUGAAAAUGAAAUUCAAACCAAAAUAAUUAUAAAGCGAUAGUUACUUUAUAAAAAUUAAUUUUCUAAAUUUUCAUACUGGAAUAAAAAAAAAUACAG